AUGCUGGUUUUUCUUCUUUUUUUGCAUGUGGCGAUUGGGAAGCAAGUAAGCACAAAGUUCAGAUUUGACGAGCAAAAUCCAUGAAAAUAUCUCACAAAGUUUGCUGUAGGAGUUGGCAAUGCUAAUUGGGAAUUAAACGUGACAGUGGUAGAUCCAGUUGAUCCUACAGCUAAAGAAAGAAUUCGGCCAGCUCUAGUUAUAUAUCUAGACGAUCAAUUAGAAGAGAUUUCCAGCAUCAAUGAUUGUGAAGGAAAACUAGCAUUAAGCAAAAAAGUCCAAAAUUUCAGUGUGUCAUACAACGGGGAGCACACUUAUAUCAAAGGGACUUUUACCCAAAAAUCACGUCCUCAUGUAUGGUAUUAUGUCCUUGCUGACUGCAAAGGUUCAAGCAAAGGCGCCAAGCUAAAAGUCAAUAUCCAUUUAACAGGAACUGACGAUUCUGAGUUCUCUAUUGAAGAAGAAGGAUUAGUAUAUUUAUAUCCAAUUGUCACUGUAAUUUUCUUUUUAUCACUGUCACAGAAUUUGAAGAGGAUGAUUAAUAGAUUCCAAAAAACAGAAAAAUUAGAUAAAAUCUCAGUUGUCUUGAAUUUAUCUAUUUUUUGUGAAUUUUCAGGAAUGUUGUGUAAAAUUGCUCAUCUGUGGAUUUAUUCUAUUAAUGGAAAAGGAAUUUUUAUAGUGAAUUUUUUAAGCCAAGCUUUAGAAAUGGUUUCUAGCUUGAUUGUAACUAUUAUGUUUAUUGUAAUUGCAAAAGGCUGGAUAUUAAAGCAUAAAGAGCUACCUAGAGCUGAAGUAAUAAUCCCUAUAGCUCUUAUAGUCUUAGUCGCAAAUAUUGUGAUUAUUUUAUAUGGAACUAUGACUGACGAUUCUCACAAUAAAUUCAGCGAUUAUGAAGGGACUGCUGGGAUGAUGCUGAUUUUAUUAAGGGUUGCAUUGUGGUGCUGGUUUUUAUAUCUUAUAUGAAUCCUUUAUAAUUCUCAACAAAAUAGAGAAAGCACAUUGAGUUUUAUCAUAAAUUUCGCAUUUAUCGCUUCUGCUUACUUUUUAGCUUUUCCUUUACUUGUAUUGGUUUCUACGAUAUUCAAAAAUUAUUUGAGAAACAAAUUAGUAAGCUUAGGAAGUGAGGUAAUACAGAUUAUUGUUUUUAUUUUCCUUACGCACUUAUUUGGGAAUACUAGCUCAUUUUACAAAAUUUCGACCCUAUCACAUAGUGAUCUUCCGGGAAAGUCUCAUUAA